CAGAAUCACUUCCCCUGAAACAUUCCUCAUUACCAAAAUACCACCGAGCUCUGAACUAGGGCUCUUCCACCGCUCCACCACAAAUUGAAACCGACGAUGCUUUCAGGUGACAUACCUCCGAGCCAAACCAUUUACAUCAAGAAUCUCAACGAGAAGGUCAAGAAAGACGAGUUGAAGAGGUCUCUCUAUUGCUUAUUCUCUCAAUAUGGAAGGAUUUUGGACGUUGUUGCUCUAAAGACACCCAAGCUUCGAGGACAGGCAUGGGUUUGUUUCAGUGAAGUCCCUUCUGCUAGUAACGCAGUGCGACAAAUGCAAAACUUCCCGUUUUAUGAAAAACCUAUGCGAAUUCAGUAUGCUAAAACAAAGUCAGAUUGUAUUGCUAAAGAAGAAGGAAGCUAUGUUCCAAGGGAAAAGAAAAAGAAGCAAGAGGAAAAAGCUGAAAGAAAGAGACGUGAAGAAACACAGCAACCUGCUCCGGCUAAUGGAACACAUGGUGCAAGUAAUGGUGGCCCAACUGCCUCCUUCCGUCCAGGAGUCGGUGCCCAAGAAGCAGCUGCUCCUAACAAUAUUUUGUUCAUUGAGAAUUUGCCUUAUGAAACUACCGGUAGGAUGCUUGAAAUGCUAUUCGAGCAGUACCCAGGUUUUAAGGAAGUGCGCUUGAUUGAAGCAAAGCCGGGUAUUGCAUUCGUAGAUUUUGAAGAUGAGGUGCAAUCUUCCAUGGCCAUGCAGGCCCUUCAGGGCUUCAAAAUCACCCCUCAGAAUCCUAUGAUUAUAACCUUUGCUAAGAAGUAGCCAAUUGAUUUUUAGUAGUGAGUAAUUUUCCAAAUCUGGUCUGUAUUUGCGGGAAGGGUUACUUGAAGAGAUUUUCUCAUAUUGUACUACUGCUGUAGAUCUUUAGAAGAACUAAUUCUUAAGUUGUAAGAUUACACUUUACAGGAAGUUGAAACAAGCAGACGCUGAGCAUUUGAUCACAUUUGUGGGAAGAUUAAAAUAGUGUUGGUAUA